UUUUAUUAAUUUGUUCUUCUGAUUUUUCUCAUCCUUCCCUUUUACUUCUCUCUCUCUCUCUCUCUCUUGGGUGCCGAGCCGUCCGCUACUCCUCCCUCCCCGCCUCUCUCUGGCUGGAAGAACGCUGAAAGGGUUUCGAAGAGGGGAAAUUCGGCUUUGUAAAUAUUGUCUCAAUGGGCUGCUUCAUUGUUUUGAGAUGCAAGAAGAAGAUAUAUGAACAUUUUGUUGGUAGGAAAUCUGUAAAUGUGAAGGAGAAGAAGGAUACCACUCUUCCUGAUUCAAGGCUGCGUGAACCGUCACUUCAGUCUGCCCCGCCAAGCUUCAAAUCUAGAGCCAAACCUAUUCAGUCAGUGAAUAACAGUAGAGCUCGUGCACUGUCAGCUCCUUCAAGUUUACAUUUGGCAGACCAAGAAGCUUUUGCAGUGUUGGAAAGUUUGGAACAGGAUGAUCUUAAGAAUAGAGGUGUGAUUGCAAACCCUCUGCCUCUACCUCUUCCUUAUCCCCACGGUUCUUCUAAUUUCAAGAAUGCGGGAAGUUUCAAUGGUCGUGGCCCUAUAGAUACUUCUGGCCCAUUGCCUCUGCCUCCGUUAGGGAGUGGUGUCCUUCGCAACUUCUCUUUUGAUGAAAUUUCAGCUGCUUGUCAGCAUUUCUCUGUUGAUAGAUGUGUUUCGGAAAGUAUUUCUUCUGCUGUUUACAAGGCUUCUUUUGGAGAUGAUUCUAGGAAGCUUGAAGCCACUGUGACUCGCCUACUUCCUUCUUCACAGGGGUUAAAGGAUUUUGUGAAUGAGGUCAACACAAUAGCAUCACUGCAACAUCCGCAAUUGUGCAAGUUGCUUGGUUUCCAUGCACGUGAGGGCUCUGAACAUAGAAUGUUGGUUUAUGAGAGGCUCUAUCAUGGAAGUUUAGAUCGUCUUCUUUAUGGGAGAUUUGAAGGUCCUUUCAUUGAUUGGUCUACACGGAUGAAAGUAGCUCUUUGUGCCGCAAAAGGUCUUGUGUAUCUGCAUGAAGAAGGACCUUUUCAGGCCAUGUAUAAUGAAUUCUCAACUGCAAACAUACAAGUUGACAAAGAUUUCAGUGCAAAGCUCUCAGGAUAUGGAUGUGUCAGCUAUAAUCCAGACGUUGAGAUCUCAAAUUCAUCUGUGGCUACUGGGAAUCUAUCUGUAGAGACAUCCGAGAGAGUAAUACUCACGCCCAAGAGUAAUGUGUGGAGUUUUGGCAUUGUUCUCCUUGAGUUGCUCACUGGCAGAAAGAACUAUGACUCCCGCCACCCGAAAGAAGAGCGGAACAUUGUCAAAUGGAGCAGGCCUUUUCUUGCAGACGAUUGCCGGUUAGCACUAAUCAUUGAUUCCCGCAUCAAAGCUCGAGUCCCCCAGAAAGCUGCACGAAUUGUCACCGACAUUGUUCUGAAAUGUCUCCAGAAAGACCCUUCAGAAAGGCCAACAAUGAGAGCCAUUGUCGAAUCUCUGAAUAGCAUUCAAGACAUGAAAUACCCAUGCAGGUUCCCCCUGCAAGAACCAUCAGCUGUAGCCGGAAAACCAAUGAUCAAAUCCCCGAGCUUCAACAAUAUCACCUCUCCGGCACCACCACUGAACUUCUCAUCUUCACCUCCAUCAAAAAUCCCACCAUCAAUAUCAUCACCGAGGUCCUCAUCGGUGAUGCUCCAGCCACUGCAACCUUGUUCAUCAAGCAAGAAACUAUCUCCGACACCCGCACAGCGAUGGCCCGGCGUCGAGGGCUUUUGAUUGUUUAUACUAUUUUUUUUUUUUUUACUUAUAAUUCUUAAUAUUCUUUUUGUUUCUUAAAUGUGUGAUUCAAAAGUGAUAUAGAAUAUAAGCAAGCUAUGUUUCUUUUGCUCCUGCCAGUGAGCAUUUAGGAUGAGUAUUUUGUGGAUAGACAUAAAGUUGCAAGUUUUCUUAUGAAUGUAUAUCAUUUUUCUGUAA